UUUCCCACCCAAUUCCGAAAUAACAUUUUCUCACUUUUUCUUCCUGACUUUAGAAGCUUUGAGGGAAAAUCCAAAUAAAAAGUAACAUAAUUUUUCUCACCCAAAAUCAAAUAAUCAUCAAGAAAAGAUGCCAAUUGAAAUGCCUAAAGGGCUGCCUUUCUCAGUGGACACAUUCAGUCCAUCUUCGAAGAGAAAGAGGCACCAUUUCUUGACCCAUGCUCAUAAAGAUCAUACUUCUGGCAUUUCCACUCAUUUUUCUUAUCGAAUUUACUCUACCCAUCUCACCAAAUCCCUUGUUCUUCUACACUGCUCUCAGCUUGAUGAUUCUUUGUUCGUGGGAAUUGAAGUGGGGGAAUCGGUUGUUAUUGAUGACCCAGAUGGAGCAUUUCAUGUUACUGCUUUUGAUGCUAAUCAUUGCCCUGGAGCAGUUAUGUUCUUGUUUGAAGGCAGUUUUGGUAACAUCUUGCAUACUGGAGACUGUAGACUCACCCCUGAGUGCCUCCAAAAUUUACCUGAGAAGUAUAUUAGCAGGAAAGGAAAAGAACCACGAUGUCGUCUUGAUUAUGUUUUUCUAGACUGCACUUUUGGUACAUUCUCUCGAAAUCUACCCUGUAAGCAUUCAGCAAUUCGUCAGGUUAUCAAUUGCAUAUGGAGGCACCCAAAUGCACCCACGGUGUAUCUGACCUGUGACCUUCUGGGUCAGGAAGAGAUUCUGACCAGUGUGUCCAGAACCUUCGGGUCCAAGAUAUAUGUUGAUAAGGCAACCAAUCCGGAUUGUUUCCAAUCACUGAAAACCAUAGUUCCUCAAAUCCUUUCGGAAGAUCCAUCUUCUCGUUUCCACGUUUUUCAUGGUUUCCCUAAACUGUCUGAAAGAGCAACGGCAAAGCUUGCAGAGGCCCAAGCUAAUUUUCAGCAUGAGCCCCUCAUUAUACGACCUUCAGCAAUGUGGUAUGCUUGGGAGGAAGAGCAUUCGGAAACAGAUAGUCAAAGGAAGAUAACAUUGAAUGAAGCAAUAAAGGAUCAGUUUGGUGUUUGGCAUGUUUGUUACUCAAUGCACUCAUCUAGGGAUGAACUAGAGUGGGCUCUGAAACUUCUUGCUCCUAAGAGAGUUGUGUCAACUACCCCCAGCUGUCGGGCUAUGGAGUUGGAUUAUGUUAAGAAGCAUUGUUUUGAUUCCAAAAUAAGUUCCAAUGAUCCUCUUUGGAAGCUUCUGGACAUUGACGUGGAAGCUUGUCCACAAGUAAACUCACCUGUCAAAAGUGUAGCUUGUUCUCCCAUGGUUGAAGGGCCCACCCAAACUUAUGCAGAAUCUGAACUGCAGCCUAUUAACGUAUCUACUUGCAAGAAAAAGCUCUUGACUUGGUCUCCUCCAAGCAAAAGGCUACCUGUAACACUGUUUGGUCCAGCAAGGCUUAGUCUCAUUGAUUCAAAUUUUCCACAUAAGGAAAAAAUCAUGUCUACAAGAGACAACCCUCUUUGUGUCGUCAAUAAAAUAAAGCAGGUAUUCAUAAUCCAGGACACCAAUGAAGACUCUGAGAAUAGAUUAGAAAACAAACUGGAGGCAGAAGAUUCUGCACUGCAAUGUAAGAAGUUGGUGAGAACGGAAACUUGUGAGAAAAGAUUAGAAGACAAGCUAGAUGCCAAUGAUACUUCUAUGCAAAGUGAGGAGAUGAGUUGGGAUAAUUAUCAUGAGUACAGAUAUGAAAACAAGCAGGUGGAUGAGACUGCAAUUCAAUGCGAGCAGUUGACGAGAAAGGAAACUCGUAACAAGUGUUCUUACUCCAUUGGAUCUUCAAAGAGCUAUAGUGACAGCUUUCGACACUUGUACAGGUCAAUGAAUGUGCCUGUGCCUAAACCUCUUCCCUCUUUGGUGGAGCUUAGGAAUGCCAACAAACGGUCCAGGAGAGUUUAAUUCUUUAUGUCCUAGUAAGACACCAUUCUACUGGCUUUCAAUGCUUGCUUGCCUGGUGAAAAUAUUUGUUACUUGCAGAAUGUUGCAGGUACUCAUCACUGCCCAAAGUAACACUACACGUUAGAAGCAGGGCAAGCUCCCAUGGGGUCACCAUUGUUGUUACUCAAAUUCUUUCCGCUUAGAAUAAAGGGCGUAUUAUUUGUGAUGAUACUCCUGAAUGUUAUACUACAAAGUACAAACACGUGGUAGGCGAAACUACUCCCAUACUGUUACUCGUUUUUUUUUUUUAUGUUUUCCUAUUGAUGGAACAGACUUCUUAAUAAUGCUAUGUUGUUAUCUAUACCCUCCCAGAAAAUGUAAUGUUGUUAUUUUUUUAUUAAUUUGUAAAAGUAUAAAUGUACAUUAGUUGUUGAUUUUCAUCUCUUCAUCAUAAGAAAUCUUUUUUUUUUUUUUCUUUCAAUUGAUUUAUCCAAUGCAAUAAUAGGCUAUGAAUUAGGAUGACCAAAGGAAAUAAGUAAC